UAACUUGGCAAUGGGUUUGCACCCUAUCCAGGGUGUCCCCUGGGAUACGCUCCAGGCUCCCCGGAUCAACAUUAAAAAUAAUUGAUGGAUCAACAGUAACUACAAGAUAAAAGCUGAGUGUAGCACUGCAACAGCACUUGAACCUAUAGAUGUUUUUCUAUAUUGGGCAGAAAUACUGAUGUACGGAAGUCACUUUAUACCUGAUUUAAUUUCCCUACGUAGGCUGAGAGUCAUUUUCAAGGCAACUUUCCCGAGGUUUCUUUCCUCCCUCCUCACUCCCUCCCUCCUUUGCGCGCAAACCGCGCUGCUUUCGCGCACUCACUCGCUUUCGGUGCACUUUCAUAGAAACACCGUGUGCGUGCGUGCGUGCGUGCGCGUCCUGGACUCUAUACCCUACACGUCGGCAUCGCUUCUCUCCUUUAGCAGCCUCUAAUAACGAGUCGGUAUGUCGGCGUGAGUCAAAGAAAGACCGAAGUGAACAUGAAGUCCCUGCGCGUCUGGAUGCUCCUCGCUGUAAUGACCGCAUGUCAGCAGCUCACCACUUCUGCCACAUACGGUUGUUUGUUUGAUGGGGGGCUUUGCUCCAGUGGGCAGAUCUGUUGGGAUGAUGAGUUGUUUGGGCAGUGCCUUACACAGCAGCAAGAGAGAUUUCGCUACAGGGUGACUGCGGGUUUACUGGACAGACUACAGACUUUACUGCAAAUGCUCAUGAGAAAAGGGCUGACCUGGCAGGAUGAAGCCACCCAAUCUAUUGUAGAUAAGGAACUUAGCAUGGUUGAGAAGAUCCCACUGUCAUCUGUUGUGAAGAACGCUCCCUCCGUCAAAUCUGGUGGAAGGCCAGCGGACCAGCUAAACCCCAAACUGCAGCGAUACAUGGACUACAUGAUUGUUGAUCCUCCCCAGUCCUCCCUUCACAUGCAAAGCCUGGAACCUUAUACCUACCAAAAGUAUGGUUACCAAGAUGAAGCGGAGCGCUCUCUAAACCUUGUGGAUGGAAACAUGUACCCCUCAUCCUCCUCCAGAGUGACAAGGCCUCGCCCUAACGCUCUGGAUAAGGACGCACAGCUGCUUCAGGAUAUGAUGUCUCUCCUACUCUCCUCUCCUGCCCAGCCCACCACUCGCCACCGGGUGGCGACACCUCUGUCCAGUUCACCUUUCUUCCAGGAACUGGACUUCCCGCUGGAUUACAGCAAAGACUACAUUUCCCAGAACAUAGGCGCUAGUAGCCAGGAUCAGAAGAAGAAGUCAUCCAAGGAGUACAAGCCUGAUGAUGAGUACCCCACUCAGCAGAGUCUGAAUGAACUGCUACUGCAGCAUGGCUUUGAUCUGACUCAUCUGAACCCUGGAGAGAUGGAACGUCUCUUUACAGUCCUGGAUCUCUUGCAGAAUGAACCUCCGAUCCCACACAACCAGGAUCAUACUGUUGAUUCGUCCACCCCACAGAAACCGAUGAAGAUCACUGAGGGAGAAAUGACACACAUGGUGCACAAAGCUCCAGUACCAGCCAUCUCCUCAUCUUCCUCUUCUGUUAUGGAGGAUCCCAAGACUGGUGGAUCUUCACAGAACAACGAUAUUAAAGACGAGGCCAGUGUAGAGGCUCCUGCAGCUUUGCUGAAACAAGAUAAAGGGUGGAAGUUAGAGGAAAAGGGGUGGAAAGGAGUCCCCAGUGUAACACCAGCAAAGAAUCAAACCAAGUACAAAGAAGAGUAUGGAUAUAUUGUUACAAACAAGAGUCCCCUCUCUCUUUUUGAUGCUGUUCGUCUUUUGGUGGCCCUGACUAAGAGGAUCCAUCUCACCAUUGGCUCUUUUAUCAACAUCAGCGUGGUAGGUCCGGCUCUCACGUUCCAAGUUCGCCCGAAUAGCCAAAACCUGUCAAAUACUGAAGUGGCGGAGAAGGCUGUGGCUGAGAAGAACUUUCUAGAGUCAGAAACUGGCCUGAAUGUGCUCCAGGCAGGUGUUGGAGAGAAAAAUGAUGGGCUGCCAGUGGCAACGCGUGUGCACAGCAGUAGCCAGUGGGUGUUCCUUAUGUUUGUGGGCGUGGCUUGUGUGGGUGGGCUCUUAGUGGGCUCACUAACCAUCGCAUGUUUGCGUAGCCAUGCUCAACAACUGGCCUCCAGGAAGUUAGGCUUGGGUCCAGAGGCAGGCAGUGCCACACACUAUGCGUACCAGGACCUCUGUAGGCAGCACAUGGCUGCUAAAUCCUCCUCAGGAAAGCAAGAGAGUGGGGUCGCUACAGGAGGGAGCGGGACAGGAGGAGCAGCAGGAGGAGCCGGAACAGAUACUUCGAGGGUCAGUAGCGUAUCGUCUCAGUACAGUGAUGCCCCUCAGGCCAGCCCCAGCUCACACAGCAGCACUCCCUCUUGGUGUGAGGAGCCAGCACAGGCAAACAUGGACAUCUCCACUGGCCACAUGAUACUGGCAUAUAUGGAGGAUCAUGUGAAGAAUAAGGAUCGCUUGCUGAAGGAGUGGGAGGCAUUGUGCUCCUACCAAGCAGAACCCAGCACAGUGUCUGUCGCUCAGAGUGAAUCAAACAUAAAGAAGAACCGCUGCCCUGACGCUGUGCCAUACGAUCACUCCCGGGUGAAACUGAAGGCUGAGGUUAACCCCUCAAGAGCUGACUACAUUAACGCCAGCACCAUAAUUGAGCAUGACCCCAGAAUGCCAGCGUACAUCGCCACCCAAGGACCACUCUCCCAUACCAUCUCUGACUUUUGGCAGAUGGUCUGGGAGAACGGAUGUACUGUGAUUGUGAUGAUGACCGCUCUUGUUGAGGAUGGAGAGAAGCAGUGUGACCGCUACUGGCCUGAUGAAGGCUCAUCUCUCUACCACAUCUAUGAGGUGAACCUGGUGUCGGAGCACAUCUGGUGCAAUGACUUCCUGGUACGGAGCUUCUACCUGAAAAAUGUGCAGACGCAGGAGACACGCACUCUCACCCAAUUCCACUUUCUGAGCUGGCCUGCACAGGGUAUACCAUCCUCCACGCGCCCUCUGCAGGACUUCCGCAGGAAAGUAAAUAAAUGCUACCGAGGACGCUCCUGCCCAAUUAUUGUCCAUUGCAGUGAUGGUACAGGCCGGACUGGAACAUACAUCUUGAUUGACAUGGUUCUGAACCGUAUGGCAAAAGGGGUGAAGGAAAUAGAUAUCGCUGCAACCCUGGAGCACAUUCGUGACCAGAGACCGGGAAUGGUGCGCACAAAGGACCAGUUUGAGUUUGCUCUGACUGCUGUGGCUGAAGAAGUCAAUGCCAUUCUUAAAGCUCUUCCCCAGUGAGACCUAAGCCUGAAAAUCAUACAAUCCAUACAGAAUACAUUCAUGCAUGAGCAACAACUACCUUAUCUUCACGCGUCUAAACCUGCAGCCAUUCCACUCCAGCAUGUAUGCGUACGUGCACACACACCUGUACAACCAGCCUGUCUCCUUUCCUGAACGUAGAGAAUCACGAUACAUCGUCUCAUCUUCAGUUCUUUGACCAUACAGAAUAUCACAGACAACUUAUUUGAGGAAAUCAAACCUGGACCAGAUCACACCUUAUCAUUUGUCUUGGUAUUAACAAUCGAAUGGAACAGAAUUGAGUAAUCAUCUGUUCCUUGUAUUUGCUCUGCUUCCGUUUCUUCUCUCGUAACCAUAGUGAUAGCUUUGUCCUGAUGUCACCCCAGCAGUGCUGUGAGUGUUUUUCCCAGGAUUCUCUUGUCUCCAGUUGCAUUAGUGAAUGAGAGGGUUGAGUGGUUUAGGGACCUCAGGCUGAGAUCCAAUCUGUCCAAACUCUGUCUGAUGGGUUAAUGUGGUUUGAAGGAUAUCGGUUCCCACUGAACGUGACUGAAUGCUCUCGCUUUGUUCUUCUGUCUCUCUUGAUUGUAAUUGUUCUUUUCUUCUUGCAUUCCAGCAUUUAAAAAAAAGUAUAAAAAAUAAGCAACGUAUCUAAGAAAUAUAUAUUAAUUUUGUAUUUUGUGGUGAGAAAUAAAACAGUUUUGUGAAGUGAUGCAGCAGCA